AUGAAAUUCUCUGCACUUCUUUUCGUCGCCGCUGCCACGGCAGCCCCCGGCGCAAUCAACCAGAACCACGAGGUCCAAGCCCAGGAGAUCCUGGGCCAAGACCUGGCUGUCUAUGUCCCCUGCCCCGGUCCUCUUCAGGUCACGCCCCUGUGCUGUGCGACUAUCCUUCAAGGCGUCAGCCUUCAAUGCCAAUCCCCGCCCACGCCACCGGCUAAUGCUACCGAUUUCGUUUCCGUUUGCGGCGCGAUCUUGCCCCUUGCCAAGCGGCCUCGCUGCUGCACGUUCUCAAUCUUCGGCGUAGGAGUCAUCUGCACCAAUCCCAUCGGCGUCCUCGCCCUGGACGGGGAAGAAGAUGAUGCGCUUCAGGUGGAAUGGAAAGAUUUUGCGCCUCAGGCGGACUUGAGAGAUGGUGUGCUUCAGGGCUAA